UUUGUACGUGGUUAAAAGUAAAUCGUGAUAUUAAAACAAAAAAGUAUUAUUUGAUUGAAAUAGUUUAAACAGAAUGGCAUUUUUAACACUUUAUUUGCUUUAUGUCAUUAUUGUAUUAUUUUUGAUAAUUUAUUUAAAAUUGGUAUUUAAAUGUAAACGUGCUGUAAAAAUCUCUGACAGUGUUAAGAGACACAUUGAAAAAAAUCAUAAAAAUAGUGAUCAAUAUUUGGUGCAACCACCUGGGCCACUGCCACUUCCAUUGAUUGGAAAUUUAGCCUUACUGGGAAAAUAUGAUGUGCCUUUCGAAGGUUUUAGUGCUUUGAGCAAGAUUUAUGGUGAUGUCUACAGUUUAACUCUUGGAACAAUAAGGUGUGUCGUUGUUAAUAAUUUAGAAACAAUCAAGGAAGUCCUGAAUCAAAAUGGUAUAUUUUUUGGUGGUCGACCAGAUUUUGAGAGGUUCCAUAGAAUUUUCGGAGGUGAUCGGAAUAAUUCUCUUGCAUUAUGCGACUGGUCAAAUCUUCAGCAAAAAAGGCGUAAUUUAGCAAGAAAACAUUGUUCACCUAGAAAUAAUACAGACUAUUUCGAAAAAUUGAAUGAAGUAGGAUGUACAGAAGUUGAAAAAUGCAUUGAGCAUAUGAAAAAAAUGGUCCAAGACACAGCAGGAGAAAUUCAUAUGAAACCAAUGAUUAUGGAAACAUGUGCAAAUUUAUUCUUGGGUUAUAUGUGCUCAACAAGAUUUGAAUAUGAUGAUAUUGAUUUUAAAAAUAUGGUUAGAAGUUUUGAUGAAAUUUUUUGGGAAAUAAAUCAGGGUUAUGCCGUUGAUUUUCUUCCAUGGCUCAGUCCUUUUUAUAAGAAACACAUGCAAACUCUCGACUCAUGGGCUAAAGUCAUACGAAAAUUUAUCUUAAAUCGAGUGAUUGGCAACCGAGACGAAAAGAUAAGAAUGCAGAAUGAAAAUGAUGACGACUUUACUGACGCACUUCUGAGAUCUUUGGCAAAGGAGGAAAAUGUUACCAAAAAUACAAUAAUAUUCAUGCUUGAAGACUUUUUAGGAGGACACAGUGCUAUAGGAAACCUUGUGUAUCUUUCUUUGGGAUACAUUGCCAAGUAUCCACAAAUUGGAAAAAGAAUUCAAGAAGAAAUCCAUGCAAUGUCACAGAAUGGAAAGCGAAAAAUCACACUUCAUGAUGCAGAAGACAUGCCAUUUACGAUUGCAACUUUAUUCGAAAUUUUAAGACAUACAUCAUCACCAAUAGUCCCUCAUGUUGCUACAGAAAACUCUUUGAUCAAUGGAUACGGGAUUUUCAAAGACACGAUUGUUUUUAUUAAUAAUUACGAAUUGAAUAUGAGCGAAAAAUACUGGGAACAUCCAAAAGAAUUCAACCCUGAGAGAUUUUUAGAAUAUGUUCCCGUACAUAAAUUAAAGAAGGACAAUGCACUGGAUUCUUCAAUGGUUCUUCGCGUCAAGAAAAAUAUUCCACAAUUUCUUCCAUUCUCGAUUGGCAAGAGAACAUGCAUUGGACAAAAUCUUGUUAAAUCAUACUCGUUUCUUAUGCUGAUAAAUAUUCUCCAAAAUUUCGAUGUAUCCUGUGAAAAUACUGAAAACAUAAAGAUGUAUAAAGCAUGUCUUGCAGUUCCACCAGAAACAUACUCACUCAAAUUUACAGCAAGAAGAUAGUUAAAUAUAUAAACAAAAAUUAAGUUGAUUUUUAAAAUUAGUUAUAAUGUUCCAGUGACUUGCAUGGAUGCCACACUUUUUAUUUGCCGCCACGUUUUACUUUUAAAAGACUGCUUUUAAAUUUCCUUAAUAAAAAGGACUACAGAGGAAUAAUUCUUUUAUAAGCCAUCUCUUAUAACUGCUUAUUAAAAUUUUUAUUUUUCAAAAGAAUUUUCUAAGACUGAUGAUUUGCAACUUGAAACUUUUCGAUUUUAUUAAAAUCUUUAAGUUUAAAACAUAAGCAUUUAAAAUUAAGAAGUUUUGUAUCAUUUGAUGCAAUUU